CAGGCCCAAUUUGCUUCCCCGAGCCCCCCAGCUUACUGGGGAAGUUAUCCCGUUAAAGGAGUCCGGUUGAGGGUUUGAUCACGCACGCGCUGGCGUGAGGGGAGUAGCGCUGCGUUUCUCGUUAGGGUGGAUUAACUCCGUCCAAUGUAAACAACCUCAGCGUGACGCUUUUUUGCUUGCAGGACAAGUCAUAAAAGUGCCGCCAAAACACUAGGAGCAGUCGCCUUUCCUUAUCUGCAAAGGCUUUGUGUGUGGUCUCUUUAGAAUUAGAUCAAGUUUUCUCUUGGGUUCAGUCUCUGGUCUUGCUGAAGUCUGUGCUCCAUGACAGGCUUUAUCAGGCUGUUGUUUGUUUCUGUUGUUUUUGCUUUUAGCCCCAGAACAAAGUUCUUCGUGCAUUUUAAAAUGCUGAGAUACUUGUUCAAAGCCAAAAUGGUCCUCUGCAGAGUGUAAUUAUAAUCUUUAUAUUUUCUCUGAAUGUUCUUUUUUUCAUCACAAGUGGAAGACUGUUUCAGGAACUUGCAGGCAGCCAUUGGAGCCUACUAUGAUUUUGAGAGUCCAAACAUCAAUGUGCCCUCCAUGUCCUUUGUAGAAGAUGUGACUAUAGGAGAAGGAGAGUCCAUCCCUCCUGAUACCCAGUUUACAAAAACAUGGAGGAUACAAAACACAGGGACAGAAGCGUGGCCUCCAGGUGUUUGUCUUAAAUACGUUGGGGGAGACCAGUUUGGCCAUGUGAAUAUGGUGAUGGUCCGAUCAUUGGAGCCUCAGGAGAUUGCAGAUGUCAGCGUUCAGAUGUGCAGCCCCAGUACUGCAGGAAUGUAUCAAGGACAGUGGCGAAUGUGCACUGCCACGGGACUCUAUUAUGGAGAUAUCAUCUGGGUGAUCCUCAGUGUAGAAGUUGGAGGACUUUUAGGAGUAACGCAACAGCUGUCAUCAUUUGAAACAGAGUUCAACACACAACCACAUCGCAAGGUAGAAGGAAACUUUAACCCGUUCGCCUCUCCGCAGAAGAACAGGCAACCAGAUGAAAACAACUUAAAAGACCCUGGGGGUUCCGAGCUAGACACAAUCAGCAAAAACACGUGGGGGCCUGCUCCUGACCAAAUUGAACAAGAUCAGACUGAACUGUCACAAAACUCUGUAAAUCUCUCCCCCAGCAGUCACUCGAACAACUUAUCAGUAAUGACAUACAGUAAGAUGCUGCAUGCUGGUUUGAGAAUGCCACAAUGUACAGAGCUGUAGUACACUUAACAUUGAACACAUAUUAGUUGGGUUUUCAUGGUCCUUAUCCCUUUGGACAGUCUUAAAAACAAAAACGGGUAUCGUCGUGAAGAAAAUUUGACAAAGAACGCACUUGGGAGGGAGGGGGAGUUCUGGUGGUUUAGAGAAGAUACAGCAUGAACCCCCUUCUUGGUCUCCAUAUCCUGGGAUAAGAAGAAAACAAACAAUAACUUAAGACUAGUUGUUUCCAGAAAAAACAAAACUAAACUAAAGUAUGCAUGUGUGAAUGCUGAAUUUCAGGAGUGCUGUUCAGUGCUAUGAGAGAGAAACACCAAUGUUUUGUUUAGAAGUCAUUGUCACAGUUAAUUAGGUAGCCUAAAAGAAAUUUUAAAAAAAGUUUAAAAUGGAAAAGCCAUCUCUUUUUAAAAAGAAAAAGAAUAUUUUGCCUACAGAGCGGUUGUAGUCUGAGCAAAUGUUAAUUUUUUGUUUCUUGUUCAUAACUAUUUUUAAAGGGACAGCGUGCAUUUUUAUGGAGGUGUGCUUGCUAUGAAAUGGAAGCUUGCUUAGCAUUUUCUUGGUUAAUGCAGCUGCUGUUUGUAUGUUGGUUGGUAUACAUUUUUAGCUUUAUCAGUAUCCAGAUCCAUGAAUGUUAACACCUUUUUUGUUAUUUACCUUGAAAUCUACUGUUGACAUAAUUCUUCUGGGUAUGAUAUGCAUUAGUCAUCUGCUUGUUCUUUUCUGUUUGAUAAAGUUGCUCAGAUCCAGUUUUGCCAUUUAGGUGAGAAAGUGGAAAGGGCAAGAGGUCUGAAGUAAUGUAAGAAGUUUGUCUUGUGCUUUGAAACAAGCACAUGCUCUUACUAGAUUUCCAAAGCUUACCCUGAAUAGUUAUCAUAUUGAAAUAGUCCCAUGUUCAUUAAUGUACAGUAAUUGUCUUUGAGACAGCUAUGCAUGUAUGUGUAAGUUUUGUGCCAAGAAGAAAUUUGAUUUCUAGAAUGGUAGAGCAUCAGUUAUAAUGUUUUCAUGUCACAUCUAGGUGUAAAAUUCAUCAGUUUGAUUCUUUAGGGAUAAAAAUACAUACUUUGUUAGCAGAAUCCAUAUUGCUUUGAACAUAUAGGAAAAGGAAUCAUCAACUGCCUCUUACAGUAAUUCUGUUCCUCAGCUUCUCUUAACUUUUGGUUUUCUAGACUGAGCUCUGUGUAUCUGUGUGUGUACACACACACGCACACACACAUGUGUAUUGAAAGGAUGGAACUGACUUAGGUCCAACUGUUUGCAGCCCAUGAAGAAUGAUAGCCAUAUAUAAUUGAGGCCAAAGUGUUCAGUUUCAUAGGGAGAAGUAUGAGAACAUGGUCUCUUGAAAUUCUUGGGGUUUGCAUCAGUGUAAGACUUUGAAAGAACAAGAGAAUAGGAGGGGGGCUCUGUCUAAUUCAGAAACUUGAACUAGGCCACAGCAGCCAUCUGCCAAAGAUAGAAUAAUAUGCAAUGCCCUCUUCCUUUCAUCUCACUCAAAAUACCAAGCUGCCUACUCUAUUUGAAAGGGUAAUGAGUACAUGAAUAUGUCACAGUGAUUGUAAUGCAGAUGAUACUGGGCCCAAAGUAACAUAUUCUAAGCCACCUUAUCUUAUUGAUUGGUGUAAAGGGUCUUUUAAAUGUUCUAUAGCUGAUCACAAACCUACUUCCCACCAGAACAUAUGAAUAGCACCUGCAGAGUCUAAACAAUUCUGGCUGGGAUCCUAGGGGGCAUUUCAGGUAUUCAAUCUUCUGAUACCAGUUGACCAUCUAAUGUAUGUCUGUUCUUUUGGAAAACUUUUAUGACUUAAUUUUGUUACCAUCUAUCCAAUUUAAGCACAUAUCAACAUAACUGUGAACACUGGGCAAUGUUAUUGAAGCAGCUAAUCUUAAGAGGGUAAAGAAUGGAAGCAUAGGAAAUAAGAUACAUCUUCAUUUACUUCUUGAUCCUUUCCUCACAUUGGCUCUCCAAGUAAUGUAUCAGUCACUUUAAACAAUGUAUUUACCAAAUGCAAAAUAGACAGUACAAACUGAUUAUGUAUAGCAUUAGUCAUUUUGAUUGAUUUCAAGUGGUUUUAUUUUUUUUCCUUGCUCUGGUAAAGCAACUUUAUAUGCAGGUAAACAUAAUAUGGAUUGUGUGUGUGUGUGUGUUGUUCACAUGUGCUCUGGUUAUCCACAUUGGAAGUCUUGCAGUGGUGACAAUAUCAACUGUUGUUUAUCAAACCAAGUCAAACUGGCUUCAGUUUUCUCUUCAGACCAGUUACUGACAGACUUCACAGAUCUAAUCUGUCAGCUAUUACGGUGCAGACUGUAUUGCCCCCCCAUCCCCCCACACACAGGAGGAACGUUGAUAUUUACUGUCAGCUGCUGUUCUCUUAAAGCAUUUAGGAUGUCUGGUCUCUACUAGUCGUCUCAAAGGCUGUCUGCUUACACUUGAGUAGAAGUGACUCUUGUCAAUAAAACAGUCACUCCAGUGAAGAAAGCAAAAGCCAGAGCCGCUGCUCAGGUGGGUUGCAGUGAACAGUUGUCCUUUCAAUUGUCAUUAGUUCCUGAGAAUCUUUUAGGGGAUAAACAUUGUUUUUCUCUUUGUGGAUGAUCUCUGAAUAAAUAGUUACAAAGCGCUCAUACCUGUUUGCAUGUAUUCUGAGUAGGGUGAUGAUUCUUGCAGUGAUGACAGUGGGAGGAUGUUUAAAUUGCUCUCUCUACUCUGUCUCUGGUUUCUUUUGUCAAAUAUUUUUCCCAUGAUGAUAAAAUCUAUUUCAUUAUUUGCUUGGACCUGUUAAGACUCAAAUUUAAGUUCAUUAAUUUUAAGGUAUGUAUGAUGAUUUUGGAGCUGUAGGAAUGACUGAUGAAAAAAUCAUGUUGAUUGCAUGGCAGCACUUCCAGACUUGAACAGUUAAGGACAACAUUAUGUCCAGACACAAAGGUUUGAUUUGUGGAAGCACAUAAUACUUGUUUCAUAAUCAUCAGGGAAAGCUGGUGCUACCUUAUUUCAUCCCCAAUGGCUUUAACAACUGUGUGGCAAGCAGAAACUUCCCAGAUGUAGCAAUACAAGGCAUGGAGGUGUAAUAAUGGGUAGCCUGAACCUGUAGAAUUAUUGCAUAUCAUAAAGGCACAGGUCCUUUGUUGAGAAGGGUGACAGUAUUAAGUUGCACCUAGGACUAAAGCCCUUUUUAGGUUGUGGAAAUUUGUGUAUGCUGUCAUGUUUUGAAUUGACAUAAGUGCUUAGAUUAUCACUAAUGUGUGCAGUUGAAAGCUGUGAGUGGCUCUCAGGCUGUUGUAUUUACAGCAAAAUAAAAGCUCACACCAUAUUCAAACAUUAGUCCCUCCUAUAUGAUCUGUAGAAAAAUAUUGCUAAAAUAACCCCCAGCCCUUUUUGCCAAUGUAGUACUGCUUGGUCCUGGAGGAAGCUAAAUGUUCCUGCUUUUAGAAAUUUAGUUGUGGAUCCUUGCUACGCAGAAUUCAUCCAGCUUUAUGUAGCAAAUGUGGUUGGCUGUGCCUCCUUGUUUCCCAAGUGAUUCAUUCUGCAAAAAAAUUAUGAUGGAUUCCUGAGGGGAAGAAGUAAUUUAAUAAAGGGAUGUUUGAAUUUCUCAUUUAUAUUAUUCUCAAGAUUUCUCUUUUUAUGCUAACUUAACCAUAGCCCAAGCUGUUGGUUUCAACAAUAUGCUGGUAACUUCUGCAUCUGAGAAUAUGACUCUAGCCUGAGAUGGAAGAGCUCCCAGACCCCUCACUAGGAAACUGGGCAGGUUUUCAUACCCUCUGGCUGAAAACAGGCAUUGUCUCUGUUCACGGGAGGAUAUCAGUCCUGCACUAGAAGUAUGAUCCUAUGUUGUUGCCCGUUUUGUGGAAGGGAAAAGUGAAGGGUAUGAUGUGAUGCGUCAAGGAUUUGGGAAUGUAUACUCAUCCCUCCCCCAGCUGCAGAUGAGCACAUCCUGAAUCUCUCUAGGUACAAGUAUAGCCGAAGUUCUCUGGGGCUAAGAAAUGCACGCUGUCCCAUGUCUGGGUUUUCAUUGUUUUUUCUCUUGUGUGAGUGAAUGGUUGAUUCUGCAGCCUGUCUUUAUUCUCUCUGGGGGGAGUGCAUGUGUAGAGCAGGAUGGUGUGUUGCUUAAUUGAGUCUGGGGAGAAUCCUAUAAUAGCACAUUGUGGGGGAAAACAAAGAUGCUUUUUCCUUAAUGUAUAAAUGAAUAUUUGUAUGAUUAAAUUAACACAAAAGAA